AAUUAAGCAAAUUAAUUAGGCGAUAAUGGAAAGGAAAACCUUCCCCUGCUUUGACAUUCUUCCUCUCGCUCCAUUUUCGGAGUGAUGUCAUCUCUUUCCUUUUCCCUCCGUCACUUUUCGCUCCAACUCCCUCAAAACCCUAACCCUAAACCCUUUCAAUCAAUCUACAAAACCCUAUUUCUCUCCCGCUGUUCCUUCUCGUUCCAUCGUCUCGCUCCCCUUUCAUCCUCACAACUCCUCACACCCCACUCGCAUUCUCAACAGCAGAAAUCAGAUUCCUCUUCUGGUUCCAACCCUUCCCCCGAUGAAGAUAUUACGAGGCUCCUUCCGCCGGCACUUUGCGAAAUAGUAUCGCUCUUCCAGUCGGUUGGCGAUGACCCCAAGGCCAAGUAUCAACAGCUACUUCACUACGGUUCACAGCUUACAGCGCUCGAUCCACGCUUCAAGAACAACGAUUAUCGGGUUCGCGGCUGCGUUUCCCAAGUCUGGGUUCGCGCUUUUCCGGAUCCUGCUGAUCCCGCCGCAGUACGUUUCGAGGCUGAUUCCGAUUCCGCUCUCACGAAAGGCCUAGCUGCCCUGCUGGUGUUCGGUCUCUCUGGAUCACCGGCCUCAGUGAUUGCCAGUGUGCCACCGGAAUUCAUCCUUAUGCUUGGAUUGCGACAGAGUUUAACCCCUUCGAGAAACAAUGGGUUUCUUAAUAUGCUGCUUCUCAUGCAGAAGAAGGCUCAGGAGAUUCAGUGUUUGGGAGAAGAGAUUGAUUUUGAUGAUGAAGAGAAGAACUUGACGACCAAUGUGAAUGGUUGGAGACCUUUGGAUUACGCUGAAUCCAAGAAGACAAUUGAUGGUUCUAGGCCGGGAGCAGAUGAAACUUCAAUUUCAUCGGACAGAGAUGUGAACAUUGAAAUUGGGACUGUUGAUGAAGAAGGUAUUGCCUCGGAGGACAAGUUUGAUGAAGGGAUUGAUAACGGUUGGCAUGUAAAUGAUGGAGAUGUUGAUGGUGAUCUUUCAAGUUUGAGUGGUGUGGGUGAAACAAGAAGGGAGAGGAUUUGGAAGCUUUUGGAGAGGGCCCUUUCCCCUGUAGAAUUGGAUGUGGAUGAUAUAUCUCAUCUUCAUGCUGGGCAUGCAGGUAUAGGGGGUAGUAGAAGUGGAGAGACCCAUUUUAAUGUGAGGGUGGUCUCAGAGGAGUUUGAAGGAAAGAGUAUGGUGAAGAGGCAUCGUCUUGUUUAUGAUUUGCUGCAAGAUGAGCUGCAAAGUGGAUUGCAUUCACUAUCUAUUGUGGCCAAGACUCCAUCUGAAAUUAAAGGCCCCAUCUGAAUAUAUGACAAAUGAAGGACGCGGGAGCAUCGCAGUUUAAAGAGGCUCUCGAUGGAGCAGCACGGAUGCGCAGUUAGCUGGCGUGGGGAUGUCUGUCUCUCUUGAAUGCGGUGCAGGUGCGCUAGCUUGGCUAGUGUUGCCACUUGUAUCCUUCAACUCUCCGACGCUUGCUCUACACCUAUAUCCUUCAAA